GUUAUUUUAUUAUACUUUUUAACAAAUUAAUAAUUUAAGUCAAAUUUUCUAUGCUCUCAAUUCAACUCCAAAACCGAUAAUUCAAAUUGUACGUAAUCGUGGAGCUCUAUUCAUUUCUCUCAUCACUAAUAAAGUGCAAUAUUUUCUGAUAAGAACAGCUGCAUUUCCUGCUGUUCAAAAUCCAAAUCGAUUUAAAGUAAAAACUAAAUCUAUACGAACGUGUACGCAUUAAAGGUGGCACAUUCAACAAAACCGUUAUAAAUAAUGAGUAUCGAUGACGUGAUUUACGUUCUUUGCCUACUCGGUUGCAUUGGUGCGGGGCAUUACGUCAAGAGGAUAGGCGAUGAAACACAACGAAAAUUUAUUAGCACCGGUCUCGGUUUGCUGGUGGUGUUUAUUGCAUCGGGUUACCAUGCACUACAUUGUAUUAUAUCGACAACUAUUGGAUCGUUAGUUAUUAUCCAUAUGCACCCAAGCCGUUGCCAUUUGAUUACGUUUUGCUUAAUGUUCGGCUAUUUGGUAUUCUUCCGCUUAGUGCACGUAUUUGGUUUGCCAAAUUAUCCUGGACACACCAAUAUGAUACAGAUGAUAUUAACAUUAAAGGUUUCGGGAGUUGCUUUUGAGAAAACGGCUGCUUGGAAAAAGUUACGACAACGUGAUAAGGAAAUUGCCGAAAGGAAGGGCGGUGAAGUUAUAACUGCCACUGAGCCACUUGUGGAAGUAACAGAUUAUGAUGUGGAGUUGCAGGAUAUAGGAUUUGCUGAGAUCUUCCACUAUUGUUUCAAUUACAUAGGUGUAUUGACAGGUCCAUAUUACCGCUAUCGCACAUACCUCGAUUACUUCGAGAUGCCAUUUAAAGAUUAUGCGCCGCAUAUAACCGCAACAAUAGAAAAACUCAAAUAUGCCGGUCUCUAUUGUUCACUGUAUCUUGUAGCCAACUACCUUUGGCCACUUGAGUAUGCUUUAAGUGAAGAAUUUUAUCAAGAGCGUUCAUUUAUAUAUCGACUUAUGUAUGUGUGGCCGACAUUUUUCACGUUCCGUAUGCGUAUUUACACUGGCUUAACAUUGAGCGAAUGUGUCUGCACUAUGGCUGGUUUUGGCGCUUACCCCGAUGAGGCGGAUGCCACCAGUGGCGAGGGACCACGAAAGCAGUACGCACAUUUGCGACGUGAUGCCGAUAAACGUACUUACAAUUUCACUACUAUUGUAAAUACGCGUGUGCGCAGCGUAGAGACUUGUUGGACCUUCCGUGAGGGCAUGAAACACUGGAAUAUUUGCAUACAGUAUUGGUUGGCGGUGAAUGUUUACAAGUUAUUCCCAAGCAAGCAGUACAGAACUAUCGUAACAUUGCUUUGCUCUGCCUUCUGGCAUGGCUUCCGUCCUGGACACUAUUUCUGCAUCAUGGGUGCGCCGUUUUACGUUUCAUUGGAAGAUAUGUGGAAUAAAUUGGUGCGCAAGGAUGCUACCGGUCUACAACGUCAAAUUAUCGAUGUUCUUUUUUGGAUAGCGAAGUUCUUUGCUUUCAGCUAUCUCGGCAUCUCAUUUCUACUAGCUUCAUUCUCUAAUAUCUGGAAGUACUAUAGCUCAGUGUAUCAUAUUGGUUAUGUGGAAUGGUGUGUCUUUAUAGUAUUGGGUAAAUAUUUGUUAAAUUUGAAAAAGUCAGCUGAAAAGCGACAGCAAAAACAAAUGGAUGUUGCUGAAAGCGAAAAGGAGCAAAUGAAAAAAGUGGCUUAAAUCCAGUAAACAGGCCUUAGCAACGUAGAAUUAAAGUAUAUAUUUAUAUAUAUGAGCUAUAUUAGUUACUAUAUAUGUAUGUGUGCACACAAAUAUAGCUUUAUUAUGUACAGGUCAAUGUGAAAUAGUGUAUUAUCGUAUUGUGCGGAUAUUAACUACUAUGCCAACAUUUCCAGUAGUUUAGUUUUUACUUGUAACUUUUAUAAGUAUCUAAGCACAAAUAACUACCUAAAAAAUAUUAUAUUAAAUAAUAAUAUUAUUCAUGACGGGGUUGCGAAUAUUUUUAUUCAAAAACUUUGCAUUGAAAUAUAAAUAAGACAAAAAAAGUUGAACCAGUUGAAAUUAUUUUAAAAAUAAGCUUUCAUUUUAAAAUAUAAUUCAAAUGUUGGAACACAACGUAUGUAAUCGCGAAAAAUAUUAAUUCCAAAAAAUUUUAUUUUUAAUUAUAAACUUUUAUUAUAUAAUAUAAUAUUU